AUGCCCACCGAGCAGCGGCCGGCCCGAUAUGGGACCGACAGCGGGGGGCUUAAUGGACAACCACAAGGCCGGCGAGUGGAAUACACGAUUCUGCUUCUCAAUGUAACUCGGUUUGUCGACAUAGGCCGGAUUGCAGCUUUUUUGAAGGAGAAGAUUUUGACGGAAUUCGUGAUGGAGGACCUGGACACGCAUACCCCCGAUUCCAGGACAUCGACAAUAUGGAGGGUAACCUUCAAACUAGCGGGCUGUCCGACUUUCCUCGACGGCAUUGUUCGGUUGUUAUGGUUCGGGACGACCAUAAUUGUUAAGCCUCCGAAUGUCGGCAGGCGGCUGCAGUGUCUUCAAUGUGGCAACCUCGGCCACACGCUGGCGCGGUGUACAUUCACCGACCUUCAGUUGCGCGGGCCAGGGGGCGUAGUCGUAAUGGAGGAGGACGUCAAGGGUCUCGAGGAUCUUGCGAGACCAUUUCUCAGCUUCGAGGAAAUUAAAGAGAUGGCAGGGCGGCGCCUAGCGCUCCAAGAAGCAGCGGAGGAGUUAGCUCAAGCAGCGGUUUCGCCACCCGCGCGAGGACAAAUAUCAGGGACGCACGCCGCUAUUUCACUUCCUGAGGUUACGAGCCCCAGUAGUGCUCCACAAGCGGAACAAGGGGAGAAGUUUGCUCACAUGCAACCAGAUCCGCGUCCAGCAGCACCACAGCCGUGGAUCACCAAGCAGUCCAAAAAGGGACGAUCGAGAGGUUCGUCUAAAGCGGCCACGGGCCAGGUAAAAGCGGUGGCCUCACAGGUGCGGACAGGAGGGCAGGAGCUUAUAGGCGAGGAUGGCGAGGACUGGGCCGAGGAGACAAAAACUAGUUCGGAUGCGUCGGAAGAGAUCAGGGUGCUUCAUUCACGGUCAGCCGGGGCACUUAAUCCAACGGUGGGCUUAUCUGACGGGGCCGGUACGCACUCGCUUCUUACGUCUUCCGAGAAGGCCCGGAAGCAACGGGGGGCUGGACGUGGGUCGGCUCCGAGUACGACGGGUCCAGUGCUGAUGACUCUCAAGCGUAACGAGAGAGGAUCCUUUCGACAAUUGGUCGCGGAUUUGGGUCGGCUGCCCAAGGCUCUGACGACAGUACGAGCACGAGCAACAGACGUCCCGACGGACGUAGCGGAGUUAACGUCCCAACUUGCGAUUUACCCGGUAAUCACACCGGCUACUACUAAUUGUCUUGCCAUGGCUAUUGCCCAAGCGGCAACGGACGCGUCCCUGGACGGUCCAGACAGGCAUCUGGAGCUACUGACAGCUUGCCUUAAACGGGGGAUUAAAUUGUCGGGCUUGCUGGAUCUGGAGGAUCAGUAUGCUCACGAUCAUAGAGUUCAUGCUUCUGGCUAG